AGAGCAGUUGUAGGGGAAGCAAGUCAGCCUGGAGGUCAGGAAGGGCUUCCUGGGGGAGGUGACAUGUCAGUUGAAGAAUGUGAAUGAAUGACCAGAGUGAGGCUGGGGAGUGGUAAAUAUCCCAGGCAGAGGGAACUAUGAGUUCAAAAACCAACCGGAAGGGCAGAGCUUGCAGAACUGAAGACAUGCAUCCUGGCUGGACGGCAGGGACCCGUGGCAAAUGACUGGCCUGGUGUGGAUGGCAGGGGCUUUGUGAGCCCUGUAAAGGAGUGUGGCAUUUAUUCUGAAUGCCUCUGCCCUGCUGAAGGAGCAGUGCCACGUCAGCCAAUCGGAUCAAGCCCUGCCUUCGAAACACCUGUUGAUCCCCCUCCCUCCCCCAGGGCUCACCUGGGUGCAGGUUAGGCAGGUGAAGCGCCUCCCUGGAAACCGAGCUGGAGUGCCUCACCUGCCUGGCCCUGCCUGCUCGGAUCGGAUCCAGCACUUUCAGGCUUCUUGAGCACACCUGCUGUAAACUGGGGCUCCUUGAGGGCAGGGACCGCGGCUGCUUGAUUUUGCCCAGUGAGCCAGUGGUGACAGCUGAGGCCAUGUGAGUUGGAUCCUGAAUGAGGCUUUAUCUCUGGCUCUUCAUCCAGUCGUCCACCGUGGCACCAGCUCCCUCCGCCAGCCGGGAUGGGACAGGCAACUGAGAGAGCCGGAGCCAGAGAGGUGAUGGGGACCAUACGCUGGACUGGGAGAGACACAGGACUCUGGGCCUCUGGCUGCCAAGCAUGGGGUGGGGGCUCCAGGCCGUGAUCCACACCCUCUAACCCCUGACCCUGCCCUCUGCCCUGACUUGUGCCAGACCUAACCAUGCCUGCAGGAGAGGCUCGAGCCCCGCUGGGCCAGGGGCUGCCCCCAGAUGUGCUGGCGGAGCAGGUGGAGCUGUGGUGGUCCCAGCAGCCACGACGCUCAGCACUCUGCUUUGCGGUGGCAGUGGGCCUCGUGGCAGGCUGUGGGGCAGCUGGCGUGGCACUGCUCUCCUCCACCAGCAGCCGCUCAGGUGAGUGGAGGCUGGCAGCAGGCACUGUGCUCUGUCUGCUGGCCCUACUGGUUCUCGUUAAGCAGCUGAUGAGCUCGGCAGUCCAAGAUAUGAACUGCAUACGCCAGCCCCACCACGUGGCCCUGCUACGCAGUGGUGGAGGUGCCGAUGCCCUGGUGGUGCUGCUCAGUGGCCUGGUGCUGCUGGUCACAGGCUUGACGCUGGCUGGGCUGGCCUCCGCCCCUGCCCCUGCCCGGCCACUGGCGGCCAUGCUGUCAGUGGGCAUCGCCCUGGCUGCCUCAGGCUCACUCCUGCUGCUGGGCUUGCUGCUAUAUCAGGUGGGCGUGAGUGGACAUUGCCCGCCAAUCCGUUCGGCCCCUCCCGCUACCCACAGUGACCACAGUGGCAAUGGCAGCAUCUUCAGCAUCUCAGGAAGGUUGUCUGCUGGCCAGCGUCAUGAGACCACAUCCAGCAUUGCCAGCCUCAUCUGAUCAAGCCCAAGUCCUUCCCACGACCUGCCUCAGCAACCACAAGACUGUGCCAGGGCUGAGUGAGUGCAUGAGUGUGUGUGUGCACGCACAAGGGGAUGGUGUAUGUGAGUGUGUGCAUGUCCCCAGGACUGUCCGGCCCUGCUGUGGGAUGUGUGAUGAGGAACCUCUGUGGUUCCUCACAUCCACACCGAGGGAGAGUCAGUGUGUUUCUCCUGGAACUGGGUGUUUGUGUCCAUGGAACUGUCACAGUCUGCCUGUCCGUAUCUGGGGUCUCUAGGCAGAGACGUGUCUGGGAUCCCUGAAGAUUCUCAGCCCCUGUGCCCAACACCCCUCAAAGCUGACCCUGCCCUGUGACCCCUGUCAGGGGUUUUUGCAGGAGUGGGUGUUGCCCACCCCGAGACUGCACCAGCGAGUCUCCCUCCGUGAGGACAGUGAGUGGUGGCAGAGCGGGAAGAACACGAGAAUGGAAUGGGACAGGCCUGGAUCGGAAUCCCCCUCCACCACUUACCCGCCAGGGGACUUGGGAAAGUGACUUAACCUCUCUGAGCCUCAGUUUCUUGAGAGGCAUCAUGGUCGCCGUAAUCAAUUGUGAGGAUUAAAUGACGUCAUGCAUGGAAGGACUGGGCACAUGACAGAUGUGCAAUAAAGUGGUGGCUGCUGCUA